AAAGUCCGCAACAAAGAGCAAGAGAUGCGCCGAAAGGCGACGAUAGAGGAGUGCAAGACUACCAAAGAGAGGAAGAGUUUGGUCCGUAUGCUCUCGUCCAACAAGAUUCAGGCCAAUUGUCGCAACAGUAUUCCCAUACAAAUACCUAAACCCAAGCGACGGCACGUGUCCUUCAAUAGGCAAUUAAGUCACGACCCGUCAAAUCCGCUCCCGUGUCACGACUGGACGGACAACGAGGAGGCAAUAGUCGGCUCGCAUCACGAAGAGUCGGUGUCCAACCGUCCGGUGACGCCAUUCCGGCGCAUGAACUCAAUCGAUUCGGUCGACUCCAAGAGCCCGUCCAUUAACUCAUCCCUAUUGUCAACGAGCGCUGAGUCGACCCCUUAUUUCAUUACCCGUCCGGCGAUGAAUCGGCUCAACUCACACACAUCGCGGGUCUCCUACACCGGCAACUCUAUCAAAGAGGAGGACGAAGAGGACGAGGAGGGCUGCAUCGAUGAGGAGGAUGUGGUCGACGAAGACAAUGACCGCAAGCCCGACGAGUCCGACCCCAGCGUCUGUCCCGCCCUUAACGAUGAUAUUGAAGAGUUAAGACAGAGGGCUAAAGAAAGGACACAAAGUUUUGCGGCGUUUCGGCUGAUAAGCGAUGAGAAACGCGAGACCGGAUCCAUCUCGAAGAAGGUCUACCUGUCGUACUUCAAGAGGUGUUCCCUCUGCCUGUCCUUCUCGUGUCUAAUACUGAUUAUAUCGACGCAAGCAUUCAAAGUGGCCUCAGAUUUCUGGUUAGCGCAGUGGUCAAAGUCGGACGUCUCGGUGGCCAGCGAUGACCAGCGGCUACUCUAUUAUAUCAAGGGAUACGCUCUGCUCUCCAUUAUUACGAUCGCCAUAUCCCUCGUCUCCAAUCUGUUGUCUCAAUUGACAAGUCUUCGCGCCGUACGACUACUCCACCUCCAGAUGCUGGACAAUGUGAUCCACUGUCCGCUCCGGUUCUUCGACGUCACACCGUUUGGUCGUAUUAUUAAUCGUUUUUCAAUCGACAUGAAUACCAUUGAUAAGAAACUGCCGAUAGCCCUACCGGUGCUGUUGAGGUUCAUAUUCCUGUGUGUAUCGGCCAUUAUCGUAGACCUGAUAAUCACGCCGUACUUCGCCAUCGCUAUAAUACCGAUACUUAUUAUCUAUUACUUUGUGCAACACUUCUUCCGGUUUACGUCGCGAGAGUUACAGCGUUUGGAUUCAAUCACAAAAUCGCCGAUAUUUUCGCUGUACAGCCAAACCAUCGACGGUCUGACCACUCUUCGGGCCUUCAACGAAGAGAUCAGUUUUACCGACAAAAUCUACGAACUGUUGGACAUCAAUAAUAUAUGCUUUUUGAUGGUUAACUCAGCCAACUGUUGGUUAGGUAUUGCAUUGGACUAUUUGGGAGGUGUUAUACUGUUUUGCGCCACAAUAACGUCUGUGUGGGCGGCCAUUCACCUUAACAUGAGUCCAGCCUACGUGGGUAUGGCCCUGACGUAUACCCUACUGGUGCCCAUUUACCUGAAUUGGGUGGUCAGGAAUCUGGCCUCACUUGAGAUGUACAUGAAUUCAGUGGAAAGGGUUCGCGAGUUCUCACAUCUGGAGAUCGAGGACAAGGAGGAGGACUCGAUGGAAGACAUGCACAAAAUUACCGAAAGUUGGCCACAAAAGGGCGAAAUAAAGUUUAUCGAUGUUAGCCUUAAAUACGAGUCUACUGUGGAAACUGUGGUAAAAGGGGCCACAUUUUCGGUCAAACCUGGCGAAAAGGUACUUGGUGGGGAUCUGCGGUCGGACGGGUUGUGGCAAAUCCUCGCUUAUGAACGCAUUGUUUCGCUUGAAUCACAUCACAAAAGGAAAGAUACUGAUAGACGGCGCGGACAUCACUAAAAUACCCACUCAUCUGCUCCGUAGCCGAC